AUGGCUCCAUAUCAAUAUGGUGCUAACGGAGACUUCCUUUUAGGUCUCAACGCUGUACGCGAAAGAUGCUAUAAAGUCCAAGAAGCCGCCAAUAAGAACAGAUUACACCAUUUUGACGUUGAUCCCUCUAAACUAGACGAUAUGGUCCAAUUCGUGACUCUCAUCAUCAAACGUGAUUACGACACCCCUUCAGAUAUACCCGUCUAUGGUCGAUGGCGUCACUUUGAUAUCGGCAACAAGUUACGUCUCAACAUCCUCAUGAAAACGUGGUCUUCCCAGGGUAUUACCUCACUCGAACAAACAAAAAGACUCAUUGAUAUUCUUGUCGUCGCCUGUCUUAUGGACAUGAAACCCUGCCAGAAUUACGUCUACAGAGAGCAAUCCACCGGAAGACUCUUGAAAAGAAAAGACGGCAUUGCCGUUGCUCUUCUCGACAUGUUUGUCGCAGGUGCUUUUUCUACUGAUCCAUCUCAGCCUUAUCGAGUAGACUCUGAGGCAUUGAUGGAUUUGUCCCUGGAAACACUGAAAAACGGCCUUCAGUUUAACGAGCAGAAUACGUUUGUCGGUAUAGAAGAACGUCACGAAUUAUUAAAUCACCUUGGUUACGCGCUAAAGACACGACAAGACUAUUUCGGCAGAGAGACACACCGACCGGGCAACAUGAUGGACUACCUUUUGAGCCACCCAAGCACGAUAAAGACGAAAAAGGGCCCACUUAUCAGCAUUGAAACGAUCUGGCCAGUAGUACAAGAAAUGGGAGAAAUUUGGUCGGCAGAAGAAGGCAUUGGUGGUACAGCAGGACUUGGCGAUGUCUGGCCUUGUAAAGCAAUUUUGGGUGACGAUAAUAUGGUACCGUUCCAUAAGCUAUCACAAUGGCUAAUUUACUCUAUUAUUGAGCCCAUGGAAAAGUUAUUGGGAGCGACUAUUGAAGGUUCUGAUCUAUUAACGCCACUGCCUGAUUACUGCAACGGCGGAUUCUUGAUUGAUACGGGUUUUCUGACGUUGAAACAAGCAGAUAUGGAUCGUGGUAUCAAAAACUAUCAUGCAAACUCUUUAUUACCGUACCAGCCUAAAGUGGAAGUGGCCCCGAUGUUUGAUAUAUCGGACCCCGUCAUCACUGAAUGGCGUGCUUUAACUGUUGCUUAUUUGGAUCUUGUGGCUGAACGUGUUCGCCAAUCCUUCCGUCUUAGCAAAAAACUACUCUCGCUCUCUCAACUCAUUCAAGGUGGUUCCUGGAGUGCUGGUAGAGAAUUAGCAGAGAUCUCAAGACCUAAUACUCAUGAACCUCCUAUUGUUAUCAAAAAUGACAAACGUGUCAUUUACUAA